GCUCCAAAGUGGGAAUAUAUUAAAAACACAGUCCUGUGACCACUGUUUGAACCUAAACACUUAGUCCCUGUAGUCCUGUACAGUGGCAUAAACAGCAUGAGAAACUCGGCGAGAUGAAAGAAGACGACGUGUGGGAGGAGUGUGCGCACCUGCGGACACAAUCAGAGCGCUGCCUUGCUUACCGGCAGACUGCAAGCUCAUUGCCCCAGCAGGACGCACAAGCGCAAGACACCUGAGCCAUAGCUAUGGAUGUAGAGGAGAAAUCCCCCACCGAGGACCGGGAAGCACACCUCCUGGACAUUAGCUCCAACUCAUCGCCUCCACCUGAGCCCAAAGGUGCGCAGCUGGAGGAGACUCAGCAGCCGGAGAAACCUCCGUUCUCGUACGUGGCUCUAAUCGCGAUGGCCAUAAAGGCGAACCACAAUAAAAGAGAGACACUGGGCGGAAUAUAUGAUUAUAUCGUAACUAACUUCCCAUACUACGAGAAAAACAAAAAAGGAUGGCAGAACAGCAUCAGGCACAAUUUAUCCCUCAAUGAAUGUUUCCUGAAGGUGCCCCGAGAGAACGGAGGGGACAGGAAGGGCAACUACUGGAUGCUGGACCCCGCGUUUGAGGACAUGUUUGAGAAGGGGAACUACCGGCGGCGGAGGAGGGUGAGGAGACCCUACAGACCCCCGAGUGCGCCUUACCUGUCCGGGAGCACUGUGGACUAUCCCGAUCCCGUGUACCUGCAGCCUUAUGUGAACUCCUGGGGUCUGAGCCAGCCCAGCUCGUCCCAGCCUACCGGAUACCCAACCCCACAGAUCAUCACCCGCAGCGGUCCGGUGAGCUCAUACUGCCCGUCUUCUCACUUCCACCAUCCUGCCGCCUACGGUGCUUACCACCGCCACGCGUCGGUGCUGGUCCCCCACAACGGGUGUCCCUACGGCGGAGUGACCCAGCCGAUGAGCCCCGACGGAGGCACCGUGUCUGUCGCUGCGUGCCACCCGCAGUUCACCUCCUAUACGAGGCAAGCGGAGGCGCCGCUCGCUCAUUCAUUUGACCUGUAGAGUUUAUUCUGUUGUCAGACUCAAGGUUCACUGUUCAUUUCAACGUGGCUGUCAUUCGUCUGCCAGGUUGUGUUAAAGCUAAAUGUUUGGCGGUUUGAUGAGUUGUAAAUUUCCUGGCUGUUAUUUCGACUGUUCUUUUGUUUGUUUGUUUUUGACAGAUAUUGAAUUUCUGUCAGUGCUCGAUGGAUUUUGCUUUUGAAAUGGAAACGAUCAAAUAUAAAUUGCAGGAAGCGAGCUCAUUUAAGUCAGAGGCUUAGUUCAUGCCUUAUUAGUUAGUCAUAACAGACAUAACUGGUUUUCUUUGUGUGUGUGUGUGUGUGUGUUUCAUUUGACUUUUUUUUUUUUUUACAUUUAUUCUCUUAUUUUUGAAUAAGGCAUUUACAUUUGAAUCUCUGUAUUAUUUAUUUCUUUUCUCUGGUUUUGUUCCAUUCUCCGAGCUGCUAUGCAACAGUUGGUGACACUGAAGCACUGAUCAUUUCUUUCUCUUGUUCGAUGAUGAAUGUUUACUUGAUGUAAAAUACAUCAUGUUUGUUCAAAUAAAAUGUUAUUUUUGCAUCAGAUACUCUCAUUCAUUCACUUACCCCUCUGCCAUUUAGUACGACUUGCAAUGUUGCAACAAUAGACCUAAUAACAAUAGCAAUAAUAAUAAUGAUGUUAAGAUA